AUGCCACCUCCUGACCUUGAAGGAGGUGUUCCAGAUUCAUCAGUUGGGUCAGAUCCUGCUGCCACGGCUUCCUCAUCUACUCUAGAAGAUAUUCCUUCCCUAAUUGAGAGGGCUAUAGCAAAACUACCUCCAGAUCUUGCUGCCCAAGCUGUUGACAAAAAGAGAAAGGCAAGAUCUCAAGACCCAAGAUGGAAGUAUGGGUGGUGGCCAGAUCCUUCCAAGAAGGACUUUGUGCAGUGCAUAUUUUGCAGGAAGGUACCUGCAGAAGAUGAAGAUGAACAAAAUGCUGCUGGUGCAGAAGAACCUACAGUUGUACCAGUACCAAGUUCUGGAACAAAAGUUAAGCAAGCCAAGAAGAAGAUUGCUCAGGCUGUCAUCACUUCUUUCACUAUGUCUGCUGCAGCAAAACUAGCAACUCAAAAACAGUCUAGGUUAGUGAGUUCCAUGCUUUGCAAGUCACCAGAAGAAGUAGUUGCAGAGAAGCACAAAUCCAAGCAAAGUCAACCUACACUUGAGCAGUGCACAAACAAAAAUGAGGAGGCCAAAGUAAUUGUUGAUGAUCAUGUUGCCGAUUUCUUUUAUGAGAAUCGCAUUCCAUUGAAUGUCAUUAAUUCAAGAAGCUGGGAAGUUUUGCUUGAGUCAAUUGGACAAUAUGGUCCUGGGUACCGCUCACCAUCAUAUCAUGAUGUUAGGACUCCGCUGCUUGAAAGAGCUGUGAACAGAACAGCGGAGUUGAGGAAGAAGCAUGAGGAGGCUUGGAAGGAAUACGGUUGCACCAUAAUUGAGAUAGCAAAUGCGAAUAUGUUGGCUGACUUGUUAGAGAAGCAAAUUGAUAAGGCUGGGAAGGAGCACGUGGUGCAGAUUGUCACUGACAAUGGAGCCAACUUCAAGGUAGUAGGGAGGCUUUUAAUGGAGAGGAUCCCGCAUCUAAUGCGAAAUAAGAUUGGAGGAGAUCUCGUGAGGCUAGCUGUAACUCGCUUUGCCACUUCAUUUCUCACAUUGGCAAGCCUGCAUAAGAAUAGGAGUGGAUUGAGGAAUUUAGUGGUUAGUGAUGAAUGGCAUGCUACCAGUUUCUCUACCAAUCAAGAAGGCCGGCGAGUUGAGAACAUUAUCCUUUCAAUGCCAUUUUGGAAUAAAGUAGAAUUAUGCCUACGAGCUUCACAACCACUUCUUGUAGCUCUAAGGAUAGCAGAUGGAGAUGAGACACCUGUAGCUCCUGGGAUUAUGGCAGCCAUGGAUGUUGCAAAGGCCGCAAUCAAGGAUUCUUUGCAACGCAAACCAGAUUUACUCAAAGAGGUACUAAAAUACUAUGACAACAGAUGGGAAAACCAAAUGGAGCAGCAGCUAUAUGGAGCAGCCCUAUACUUGAAUCCAAGCAAGUUCUUUGCCCUAAAGGAAAAGGAUAGGAGACAAGUAGGAAGGCUGAGAAUCAUGUUUAAUCAAGUUAUGUGGAAGAUGGUGACUGAUGAUGAGGAGCAGAACAAGAUAAGCAGGCAGCCAGAAGACUAUGAGAAGGCUGAAGGCGAAUCCUUCUCACAGCUAGGAGCAAUAAGAGACAGAGAUAGAAAAAAAUCCUAG